AUGAUCCUCGGACCCAUUCAGUCUCCAGAUGGCGCAUUCAAUCCCCAUCUCCACAAUGACGACGAUCGUAGUCUAUUCAAUCACUAUGUACAUAUCGUGUCACGAGCACUAUCACGUUCCACAACUACUGACUCCACGACCAACCCAUUUCUAGCAACUCUGCUACCCAUGGCCGCCGCAUCGGAGACGCUAACUAGCAUCAUACUGGGCCUUAGCGGCUGCCACUGGCGGCGCAUCUAUCCCCAAAUUUGGGACCGUGCCCUAGCGCGUCAAGGAAAAGCCUUAGCACAAGUGAGCAACUUACUCCGUCGACCGAACCAAAACAGCCAAUCAUUCCUCGAGGCCUGCGCCACCAUUCUCCUGCUCUGCCUCACAGAGCUAUUCGAAGGCACCUCUCGCGUCUGGAAAUGGCAUCUCAAAGCGGCAGGGAACCUUCUUAGCACUGCAGCAGCUGCCACCGAUCUGCACCGCCUGUCAUCAACCCCAGAAGGAAGCUUCUGUCUCCAACUCUUCCACUAUCUCGACGCCAUGUCCACCAUAUCCCGCUGCAAACCGCCAUUAUUACGCGCAGGCGAGCGACUCACUGAUCUCACCUCAUCAACAUCCUCGUCUUCCCUCCCAGUACCCCUCGGAGAUAACUCCAUCUCCGGAAUCCCCCCACCCCUACUAGAAUACCUCGGCCGGGUCAACCUCCUCGCCGCCCACCGCAGCCGACGCGUCGACGACCUCUCCGAGAUCGGAUUCCGUACAGCCGCUGCGCACGUACGCGCACAGCUUGAUACCUGGCGAGUGGAUUACGAUGCGGCCAGCACUGCUCUGGUAAACAGCGACGCGAACAGAGCAACAACAGCCUUCGAAUGGGCGAUCCGAUUACGACUACAUCAAAUUGUGGACGGAUAUGAUCCACGCCAUGCAGACGUGGAGAAUGCUCUCUCACACAUUUUGACAGCCGUGCUGGCGAUUCCUUAUGGUAGUCCCGUGGAAGGUAGUCUGCUGUUUCCAUUGGUGAUUGCUGGCGCUAGUUGUAGGGAUAGUAUGGAGAGAAGAAUGGUUGUUAAGGAGCGGUUGAUGGUGAUGGAAAAUACGUUGGGGUUUGGACAUAUUUCGCAUGCGAGACGGUUGCUGGAGACGGUGUGGGCUGAUGAAGGCGGGGAUGGGAAUUGGGCGAGGAUAAGGUAUAGUUCGUUUCCUGGGGUGGUGUUUGUCUAG